CGUGGCCGCGCACGCCAUGCCGGUCCACAAGGUCCGGCACGCCAGGGUCGGCAUGCUCCGGCUGCCGGCCAUGGGGCCGCCGCGGCACCUGAUGCUCGUGGAAGGGAACGACGACAGCGGGUUCCUCCUCACUGUGGGCCGCGGCCAGGCCGGCAUCACGGCCGUGUCGGCCGUGUACAUUCGGGCCGGCGGCCCGCCGUGGUACGCGGUCAAGAUGUGGGCCAACGGGCCGCCCCCGGCGCCGGGGAUGAAGACGGACAGCAGGGCGCACGCCGUGUUGGUGGAGAUCGUGGCGGUCUGCGGCGCGGCGCCCGGGGCCGUCGACGUGAAGGCGCUGCCCGUGCUGACGGUGCCGAGGAACUUCUUGGUCGGAGGAGCUGCUGGAGCGGCGGACAUGGUGCUGCCCGUCAGCGUUCGCGUCGACAAGAUGAGCUGACCUUGUAUGCUAAUGCAGCCUGCGAUUGUUAUUAGUGUCUGUAGGUGUCACUUUUCUUAGCGCCUGAUGGUUAGCUGGAAGUAACAUCUCUUGGGUUACAAUGAUCCUUAAUGUGAUGCCUGUGCAGGCUAGGUGUUUGAUAAAUUGA